AUCGACGCGACGACGGUGCAUGCCACCGUUGGAAACACAGAACCCAGGUUGCGGAGCUGGAGUGGCGUGAACAGGCACACAGUAGCAUUAACCAGCGGGCCCACCCGGGCGGCACGAGCGAGAAGGACCAGCCACACCCCCGUACAGCCGUCUUCGUGGUACGUCAGAGAAGAACCACGACGCGGCGGAAUUUUGAGUUGUUCAACUUCACUUCAAAGGGGCACACGCUCGUUUACACCAGCCAGCAACAGCCAGCGGCGCAUGCCUUGAGGGACGCAAGGCUGCACCAGCUGGCCUUCUUCGGGGACCAGUCAUGCCAGAAAAGGACGAAGAGCAGCAGCGGCUGACCACGAAAGGUGGCAGCAGUGCCGCCAAUGCGCAUGACGAGCUGGAAGCAUACGGCGCGGUGACUAGCCCGACAACGACAGCGGCCUCAGCCCCACCAGUAGCAGCAUCAUCCAAAGGGAAUGGGCUGGCUGUCAAUGGCCUGGGCGACAUCUACGGCGAGAGAGACGGAGGAGACGGAGGCUGCCAAUCGGAGACGGAAGUGAUAUUACCCUACGACCCUCGUCUCAUAGCCAACGGAGAGGAGGGGAUUCGGCGACAUUUGGCGAGGGCACGAAGCAGCAGCAACAUACUGUGUGCCGGCUGGGUGGACUUCGAGCUGACCUUCAGAGACAGGUCGCCCAGAUUCAUCCGCUUCGGGUUGCUGUUGCUGAUUACCCUGCUGCCCUUCGGGGCGCAUUUCGUCAAGAACUCCUUCAGCUCCCUCGAGGUGUACUUUCUGGAGGAUCCCAAGCUACACUUCAACGAGACCAAGUACGGGACGGUGAUGUCCGCGAUAUCGAUACCCAACCUCUUCAUGCCCUUCUUCGGGGGACUGUUCCUCGACUCUAAGGGCCACAAGCAGGGCAUCAUCAUCUUCCUCAGCCUCGAGCUCAUAGGCCACGUCAUCUUCACUCUGGCGAUGGGCUGCGGCAACUUCUGGAUGGCCGUUUUCGGGGAGGCGGUGUACGGGUUAGGUUCUGGUGCCGUUGUGGUGGCGAUGCGGGCCGUCGUCUCCAAGUUUUUCCUUGCGAAAGAGCUAACGUUCGGGAUGGGUAUCACGAUCGCCAUGGCGUGCGUGUCCAAGACUCUGGCAAAGGCGUCGGUGGCUCCGGUCGCUGAGAGGUGGGGGUAUAUGGGGGCGCUCUGGUACGUGGCACUGUGGCAGGUGCUCUCCCUAUUGGCGGGGCUUGUCUACGUCAGAUUGGCUACGUCCGCGGGCAACCAUGUCGGCAUGGAGGAGGCGGGAGCGGAAGCGGGCCCGGGGCCAAGGGACCGUCGUGUUCGGUCGCGCUUGGUGGCGUUGAAGAGGUCGACGCUGUCGUUCUGGCUGGUGGCGAUCUUGCACACGCUGCUCAUCAUAGCCUACCACCUCUUCGCCAACUACUCCGGCCACUUCUUGGUGGAGAACUACGACGACAGCCCAGUCCUGGCGGGGUUCAUAUCGGCGCUGAUGCCGCUAGUGGUGGUCUUGUGCGCCCCGAUCGCGGGUCUGAUUUUGGACCGAUGGGGGAGACAGUUGUAUGUUCUACUCGUGGCGAACAUCAUCACCGUCAUCGCGUACGUCCUGCUGCUGGAGGAACGAGCCGGGGCCGUCGUUUGCAUCCUCAUGCUGGCGUUUUGUGAAUCGUUCGUUCCGACGAUUUUGCUGAGCGCGUUGCCUUUGACGGUGCACCCGUCCGUCUAUGGCGCCGCUUUUGGCAUGGCAGAGGUGCUGUCAGCGAUAGGAAACAUCCUGUCGAACGUCUUCUUCGGGUACUCCAAGGACCGGACCUCGUCGUACAAGGAUGACAUGAUUGCCCUCGUCGUGGUGUGCGUGGUCUGCCUGGCGCUGACGCUGCUGCUCUUGUUCUGGGACGCCAAGCACGGGAAGUCGUUGCUCAACCGCGGGAAGCGGACGACGCCAGCGGAUAUGAAGUUGUUGGGGUGAAGAAGCGGCCCGUCCAGUGCCUGCUUGGGAGAGCCCGGGGAGGAACGAACAGCAGUGUUUUUUUUUUAAGAAAGCAAACAUGACCUCACAGAAAGAAGACUACCCGCUCGAGAUAUAACCUUAGUCGGAAGGGAUGUGAUGAAGUCUUUUCAGUAAGUGGAUUGAAACCAACUGGAGACUUGGCUUAUUUUGAGGUUGUGUAAGCCUAACACUGAGCUAUCAGCAAUGCCAGUUGGAGCUAAGAACAAUAGCAUCUUUAUUGGCGGAUACAUUCUUUAUUUUAUGUGGAAUGUGGCCUUCACAGGGAACAUGGCGCAGUGUCGUUUGACAACUUGCUGUUUUUAGAAAGUACAUCGCUGCUGUUUUAGGCAACUUGAAUAUAGACUACAGUAUACAGCUGUAGUUGUCUCUUUCAGAGCAAGCACCCACGAAGCGGCACGUCCAGUGCCGGUUCGGGAUUGCUAGCGCAGGGGAACGAACAGCAGUGAUUCUCUCUCGGCGUGCGGUACCAGAACACAAAAGCCCCCACGAACCUUCGGCAGUUUCUGGGUGUUGUUUUUGUGUGAACGCGAGGAGCCCGUUCGUCGGUUCUUGUUGUGUUUUUGCGUCGACGUCGCCCGGUUGUUGUGGGUAGUAGCAUACGGUUGGUCGUGAUGUUGAAUGUGUCCCGAAAUAAAUGCACCGCUCGCUCUCCCGGAGCCGUAGCGCAGCAUGCCUUGCCCGACCGAGUGAAAGACCAAGUUAUUUUUUUUGUUUGUUUGUUGGUGCGUGUGUGUUGUGGCAUGUACACAAGCGUCAAUUGUCCUUGACGCGCGAGUAGUCGCCCGCGAGUGAGGUUGUGGUCUGGUUGACCAUAUGGAUUAAGAUUCGUACGUGGGGCUGGGUUUGGAACGCCUCCCGACGAUAUGUAAGAGUUUUUUUUUUUUCUAUAUAUUUAAUACGGUACAACGACUCCAUCUUCAUCAUAUAGAAAAAUAGUAUAUUAUAGAUUAGCGAUGAAUCCAUAGCGUCAGCGGAGGCUGUACUUGUAUUUCCACGAUUUCCCGAGGUUUUUCGAUGGCGAUGCAAACACAGCAGCAAGUACAGUAUUUUUCCGGAAAGUUGACGUUGUCGUUGUUGCUCGCGAUGGGUGAGCUCAACCGGGUGAUAUUUUUCUAGAACCCGAGAUUGACAUGAAGGUCUGUUUGUAUGUGGUGGGGGGGACUCCCCACCCACCCACCCACCACCUAGAUGUUGGGGUCAAACAAGUAGAAGAGCCGGUUAUUGGUCGAAAGAUUCUCCAAGCACACUUUUCGUGUUGUGUGCGAUCGCUGAGCGCCCGUCCGCCGGUUAGCGGUCGAAAAAUCCGGGUUUCUUGCACCAGAAGCAGCAGUCGUUUCAUCGCGAGGCAGACUUUUGUGAAAAGAGGGAAUCGGCCUCGACAGGCGUUUUGUGAAAAAUAUAAUCUCCACACUCUUUUAACGUUGCGUGUGCGGUCGCUGGGCGCCUGCCGAGAAUGAGUGCCUUGACUAAUGACAGGGUAACACCUGCGAGUAAAGUCACUCCUCGAGCCCACACAGGGUAGACAGACGUAAUUAAUUAUGUGUGCAGAGGGAGAGGGUUUUCCCAUGUUUUGCAUGCCUUUGACAGAGUGACCACGUUCUCGAGGGGACGGAGCAGAGGGGGUGGGGGGGGGGCUCUAUUUGAGGUUAUUCGUUUGGUUUUUGAUUUUUGUGUCACGUUCGUGAUGUUUUGAUUUGUCCCUUGGUGUCCGCUUCAUGUGUCCAUACUUGCAUAUUGUGCGGGUGCGUGUUUUUAUUUUGGGUUCUUGCGUGAGAAAGCUCACCUUUAGGCGGGUUCCGCGGUACAGGCGAAUUGGUUCUCCAGCGGCGAAAAAAACUAAAAAAAAUAAACGGAUCAUGCCGAACUUUUUUUUCCGGCGC